AUGUAAAAUGAAAUAGCUAUGUUAAAGAUGCAAAUGGGUAUAAUGGAGAAGGAUUACAAAAGGAGAAUCCAGACAUUGGAAGACCGGAACAUUGACUUAACCAUGCGAUUGGAGGAAACCAGAAGGAGUGCAGAACAACGAGUGGAUAAUCUGUAUAAGGAGAUGAAGCAAUCAGCCAUUUCAACUGUGAGUGAGCCCAUCAUCAGAUACGAAUAUAUAAAGACUCCUCAGGCCUCGUCUGUAAAGUCAUUGAGUAAUUUCAAUAAUCAAUCUCAAUCAUCAUCAUAAUCAAAUCGUCAGUUGGAAAAUCUCAAUCUUGUUUUGGAAACCAAAAUGCAAGAAAUCAAGGCAUUGGAAGAAAGGCUAUUGUUGUUGAAACAGCAACAUCAACAACAGUAAGAUUAGUUAACAUAGCAUUACGAGAAUAUCUUGAAGACCAAAGUCAAGAAUGAAUUGGCAGCAGCAAAUGUGCAACAUGAAAGACAGAUGUAAUAGAAUUAAAUUGAUAUUUUCAAUAUGCAAUACAAAAUGAAGGCUUCUGAUGAGAGGUUUAAGAAAAUAAUUGAUGACAAGGAUAAAUUGAUUGAAGAAUUAUAAUUUAGAAUCUAAGAACUAGAAAAUAACGAUUUGAAAGAUUAGCUGAAUUUAAUGUAAUAAAACAACAUUCGAUUAACUGAAGAAUUCAAUAUGAUGAAGAAGGAUUUUAAGGCUGAGUUAGAAUUGCUUAAUGAUAAACAUUAGGGCGAUUUACAACUUGCCUUCUAACAAGGUUUUGAGCAAGGGGAUAACAAUUAGAAGGCUUAGAACGAAUUGCAAAAAGUUAAUGGUUUGUACAAAUAGGCAAAUGAUAAGGCUUUGAAAUUGGAAGCUGAAAACAGAUAAAUUAACUUGCUCUUAUCAACUUAUCAAUAAGAAAUCCAGGAAUGGAAAGACAAAUACCAAACCACCAUUAUUAAACAAAAAGAGGAAAUCGAAAAGCUUAGAUAGAGUUUUGAUCGCUAAAAGAAGGAGCAACUGGAUCUAACCUUUAAUGCAGAAUACUUGCAAGAGAAGAAUAAGUUGCUAUUUUAAUUAGAAUAGUGUAACAAGCAAAUUUAAUAGCUUUAAUAAAUUAAUGAAAAGAAUGAGAAGGAACUAAAAUAUUAUUAUAGUGAAUCAUUUAAUGCUUCCUAAUUGAAUAAUGAAAUAUAAUAAUUACAAAGGCAAUUGUAAAUUAAUGCUAGUGAUUUUGAAAAUUAUAAAAAAAAGUCAGUCAAAAUUGAAAAAUAAUAGUAGGAUGACAUCUCAAGAUUAACUUUGGAAUUAAAAAAUAUAAAGAAUAAUUUGGCAAAUAGCACAGAAGAUAGACACAAGGCAUUAUAAGAAAAAUAAAUUGAAAUUAAUCAAUUAAAUAAUUAAAUCUAUGAAUUUGAAUAAUAAAACAAUAAUUAUCUAAAUGAAAUAGAGAGGCUGAAAAAAGAAAUUAAAUAGUAGAAAUAAUAAUAUUAAUAAUAAAUAGAACAAAAGAAUGAGGAAAUAAGUUAAUUAAAUGAAAAAAUCAGUUUAUUAUCUAUGGAAAGGUAUAACUUCGAAUAAUAAUUAACCAAAUAAAAAUCAUAGAGUGAAUAAUAAAUGCAAAAUCUAUAAAAGAAUCUAAUAUCAUAAAAUGAAAUAAUCGAUUAAUUAAAUCAAGAAUUGGAAGAAGAAAAGAACAAUACAUAAUAUCAAGAAUAGAGCUUCAAAAAAUAAAUUUAGUAACUAAAUUCCUAAAUUAAAGAGUUGUAAUAUUAGAAUGAAUAAUUAAUUUAGGAGAUCCAAAACAUAUAAGAUCAACUUUCUUCUUAUGAAUAAGAAAUUUAAAAUUUCGAUUUAGAAAGGAAAAAGAAGCAAGAAUAAAUUGGAAAUAUGGAGAAAAAAUAUAAAAAUGCAAUCGAGGAAUUGUAAAUGAAGGAGGAUGAAUUAAAUGAAUAGACUUCCAAUCAUUAUAAUGAACUGGAAUAACAAAAGUCUGAUUAUUCUAAAUAGUAUGAGUAGUAAAGGAAAGAAGUACAAAAAUUAGUGAAUCAAGUUUAAGAUAGAGAAAUCUAAAUCUAAUAAUACCAAGAUUAGCUAUUAAAAUAAUAAUCUGAAGCCAGUAAGUUAAGAAAUCAAGUUUAAUUAUUGCAAAACGAAAACAAUGAAUUGGAGUAGCAGAUAAAGAAAUAACAGAAUUAAUUCUAAAAUGAAGUCGAUAAACUAGGAGAUCAAGAAAUGCAAAGACCCUCUUUAUUAGAAAGACAUUCAUAAAUGAAUUAUUGA